GGCGCUUUCCAAGAGCAAGUAACCCGAGCCUUCCGGGUUGGUAGAAGACCCAUCUUCUCUUGCACGAUGGCCCCAGGGCAGGUCCACAUGGCUGCUCCUGCUUGCCUAAUUGAGAGCAUGCCGGAUGGGAAGCUUGUGGUGAACCGGGAGGCUGCCGAGCUGCUUGCCAGGAUCCACCAGCCGGUGGUGGUGGUGGCCAUUGUGGGGUUGUACCGUACUGGCAAGUCCUACCUCAUGAACAGGCUUGCCGGCAAGAGAAAAGGUUUCUGUCUGGGUACCACAGUGCAGGCGCAGACCAAGGGAAUCUGGAUGUGGUGCCUCCCUCACCCCAACAGGCCUGACUUCACACUGCUGUUGCUGGACACAGAAGGGUUGGGUGAUGUGCAGAAGGGAGGCAUGGAGAAUGAUUCAUGGAUCUUUGCCCUGGCCAUUCUUCUCAGCAGCACCCUGGUGUAUAACAGCAUGGGCACCAUUGACGAAACGGCCGUGGAGAAGCUCCACUAUGUCACUGAGCUGACAAAAGCAAUCCGAGCAAAAUAUCCCUCCGGGGAUGGCCAAGAAGAGGAGAAUUUCACCGAAUUUGGCCGAUUCUUCCCAGAUUUCAUCUGGGCUGUGCGGGAUUUCACACUGCAGCUGCAGCUAGAUGGACGCCCUAUCAGUGCAGACAAGUACCUGGAGAAUGCCUUGAGAUUUCUGCAAGGUGAUGCUGAGCACAUUCAGAAGCACAACAUGGCCAGAUCAUGCAUCCACAGUCUCUUUCCAUCACGGAAAUGUUUCAUAUUUGACCGUCCAGCUAGCGGGAGGAAGUUGCAUCGGCUGGAGGAACUGAAAGAAGAGGAUUUGGAGGAAGAUUUCUUGCAACCAAUGGCUCAUUUCUGCCAACACAUCUGGGAGACAUCGCGACCCAAGAUGAUCCCAGGAGACCGAGUUGUGACUGGAACGAUGCUCGCAAGCCUGGCAAAGACCUAUGUCAAUGCUAUCAACAGCGGGGACGUGCCCUGCUUGCAAAAUGCAGUGCUGGCCUUGUCCAGGAUCGAGAAUUUGGCUGCUGUCCAUGACGCCAUUUCCUGUUAUGAAGAACGGAUGCAGCAGCAGCUGCUGCUGCCGACCGACACUCUUGAAGAGCUGCUGAGGACACAUGCCAAGUGUGAGAGGGAGGCCGUUGACGUCUUCAUAGCCCGUGCCUUUGGGGACAACGUUAAACAAUUUAAAGAGGAGCUUGAGAAUAAGUUGAAUCAGAAAAAGAAGGCAUUCUGCGAAAGAAAUGAGAAGAUGUCUUUUGACCGCUGCCGUGAUGUGCUGCACUCUCUUUCCCGGGACCUGGUAUCUGAGAUCCAGGAGGGGAUUUACGCAGUGCCUGAAGGCUAUAAGCGCUUCCUUGCCAAGAUGAACGAAAUAAAGGAGAAAUACUAUGCAUUUAAUCGAAAAGGGGUUCAGGCAGACAGAGCUCUUGAAGAAUUCCUGAAAUCCAAGGAGACGGUGGCAAAAUCUAUCCUUCACAUGGACAAUGCCUUGAGUGGCAAAGAGAAAGAAAUUGAAGCCCAGCGUGCUCAGGUUGAAGCAACCCAGCUGCAACAGAAGCUUUUGGAGCAGGAUCUGGCCAACCUGGAGCAAAUAAUGGAGGAUAAGAAGCGACAUAAUGAGGAAGGCAUCCAGCUGAUGAAGGAGAAGUGGGAGGAAGAGAUGAAGAAGAUGAAAGAGGAGGCUGAAAGGAGAAUGAGGCAUUUCCACAAGGGGCUGCUAAGACAGAGGUUUUUGCUGAUGGCCAUGGAAACAGAAGUGGAGCUCCUAAGUCUCAGGGCACAAAGGAACAAUACCUGAGGGCUUACGCUUACUACAGAAGCUGUCCACAGUGGAGUUUGAAGGACAUAACCGCAAGGCUGGGCAAUUGGAAACUUCAAACUAGUGCAGAUUAUGGCAGCCUGCUUGUUGACUGGCACGAGCUGUUGAAUACUACAUUGCCUGUUUUGAGCCAUCUGCACUGGCCGAAGUAUCAUUUCUGCAAUCACUUCGAAGUGCUGAUUAUUACUUUUAAAAUGUGAUAAGCCUAGUUUCCUCAAGAGAUGUCUCCUCCCAUAUGAGCCUCCCUCAUAGGAAGAACUUACGACAAUGGGCUUGGUCCAGCUUCUGUCUAAUGAGGAAGUCAUAAGAGGAACUGCUUUCCAAGAAAUGGUUCUACUGUCACCGCCUUCCUGCUGGCUAAAUAAGAAAAGAAAAACAAUAACCCUGUUUAUUUCAGCUGGCCUGUGCUGUUUUGUGUUUCUUUCUCUUAUUGUCCGGCUUCAAUGGGGGCAUUGUGGUGGUGGUGGUGGUGUUGAUUUACUGUGAUAUAGUUU